AUGGCUUCAACAGCCAGCGCCGCCCCAGGCACGGAUGACGGCGGCCGCAGGAAGCCUCGCCUGGCGGCGUCGUUGCAAAUCAACCCCAGGCCCAGCCCCUGGCAGCCCUCAGCCAGCCUGGGCCAAGACCCCUGGGAGCCCGCGGUCGCCCCCAGUGCGGAGAACGACGACGACAGGGACGGGCAGCCCCAGGCCUCGGCAGCACUGGACGGGCCCGCCGGGGACCUCCCGAAGGCGGCCGGACAGCUGGGCCUGCAGCUCAAGGACCCGCCGCCGGGCCAGGCCGUGGCCUUGCUCACGCAGUACGCAGCCAGUCUGGGCGUCUCCCUGGUCUUCCGAGAGGACCAGACGGCAGACCCCUGCCUCCCGUUCUCCGUGUGCGCAGAGGUGGAUGGCCUGCUCUGCCCCUCGGUCAAGGCCGGCAGCAGGCCGGAGGCCAGACAGCAGGCGGCGCUCUCCGCCCUCCGCUACAUCCGGAGUCAGCUGGGGAGCCCAGAGUCCCCAGAGACCCCCAGCAGGCUUCCACUCGAUCCUCUGAGUGUAGAGAACAUCCUGACCCACGAGCAGCGCUGCGCGGCCAUAGUCAGCGCCGGCUUUGACCGCCUGGUGGACAAGACCUCCCCAUACUGGGCCUGUAAGGGCACUGUGGCUGCGGUCAUCCUGGAGAGAGAGGUCCCCGGCGCCAGGGGCCACGCCAAGGAGGUCUACCAGCUGGUGGCGCUGGGUACAGGCAGCAGCAGCUGUGCCCGCCGGCUGCAGUUCUCGGGCCGGCAGCUCCACGACGGCCACGGGCUGGUGGUGGCCCGCCGCGCCCUGCGCAGGUUCUUGUUCCGGCAGCUCCUGUUGGCGACACAGGGUGGCCCCAAGGGCAAGGAACGGUCGGUACUGGCCCCCCAGCCUGGGCCCGGGCCCCCCUUUGCCCUCAAGCCCCGGAUCUUCCUGCACCUGUACGUCAGCAACACCCCCAAGGGAGCUGCUCAUGACAUCUACCUCCCACCACCCGCUGAGGGCAGCCUCCUGCACAGCCCGUCCUCCCGCAUGCAGGCCCACAUCUGCGGGGAGCUGAGGCCCGUGUGCUACGUAGCGCCCGCCCUGCGCAACACCCACGUGGGCUGCCUCUCCACCAGCGACAAGCUGGCACGCUGGGUCGUGCUAGGGCUGGGUGGCGCCCUGCUCGCCCACUUCCUGCCUCCCCUCUAUGCCACCAGCCUUGUCCUGGCCGACCCCUGCCACGACCCCACAACUCUGAGCAGGGCCAUCCACACCCGGCCCAACCUAGACGGGGUCUUGGGGCCCUAUGCCCGUACCACGCUGCACCUGUUUGCAGGGCCCCCUGUGGCCCCCUCGGAUCCUACCUCCAGUGCCUGCAAUGGCCUGAGCCUCAACUGGAGCCUGGGGGACACCGACGUUGAGGUUGUGGAUGUGGCCACCGGGCGUGUGAAGGCCGAGGCCUCCCUCGGGCCUCCCUCCCGCCUCUGCAAGGCAGCCUUUCUCCGGGCCUUCCGCCAGGCUGCCAGAGCUCUCGGGAAGUCCUGCCUCCCGGCCUUGAAGACCUACGAGGCAGCCAAGGCCGGACCCUACCAGGACGCUCGCAGGCAGCUGUCUCUCCUCCUGGACCAGCAGGGCCUGGGGGCUUGGCCCUCAAAACCACUCGUGGACAAAUUCAGAGACUGAAACCGACCGGCUGAAGCGGACGAGGUCCCCGGGCCAAGCUGGACCCUGCUGUC